AUGCAAGACUCAAGUGCUUCGUGGCUAACCAUCGUCAAAGAAGACGUCAGGACUAUCAGUUUGUGGCAGGAAGAAUGUACCAGGAAUCAUCCAAGCUGUGGUAUGGGUCUAUCUCAGAACCCCCUGGAAACCGGAAAGUCGCUUCCAACAAGAUGCCUGGAGCUCACAGGUUCAAGCGAUGGAUCUUGUCGAUUCCAGCUUCGUGAAACAAAGGGACGGACUGGAGACUACCUCAUCUUAAGUCAUAGGUGGAUGCAGGAGACGCCGAAAUGCAACACGAACGAAGUAAACUACUUUACCAGACUCCAUUCGGGCCCUCUUGAACCCGAAUAUCUUACGCCCUUAUUCCAAGAAGCUGGUGAGAUGGCUCUGCGCCUCGGAAUCCGAUAUAUCUGGAUCGACUCUCUUUGCAUCAUCCAAGACAGCGCCGAAGACUGGAAGGCGGAAGCCAUGAUGAUGGGCAGCUACUACCAGAAUGCGUGGGCAACUAUCGCUGCGACAAUGACUAAUCAGAAGCCCCUAGAUGUUUCCAGGUCUCCCAGUGCGAAUAAAGCUUCUAGGAUCACACGCUUGCCUUACAGAGAUAAGAGUGGAAAGCAACAAGGCUACUUUUACAUCCAGAGCCUGCAAAAUGCUACUAUCAGCCAAACAUUCGAAAAAAGCGUAGCUGAGAGCGAACUUUUAACUCGAGGCUGGGUGUUUCAAGAAUGGAUUCUUAGUCCGCGCUUGUUAACAUCUACAAACGCUGGAAUCAUGUUAGUUUGUCGCAGCGGGCUGCCACAAAGUCUGGCAGGCGCUCAUGCUCUAAGCGUGUCUAAUUCCAAGCAAGGGUUUGCUUUGAAAACCUCGUUGAAUCUAAAUAUGGACUCGCGCCAGCUUCUCUUCAAAAGCUGGCGGAUGGUCGUUGAGAAAUUCUCAGGUUUGAGCCUAACAUCACCCGACUUGGAUCGAUUGGUUUCACUGUCUGGAAUUGCUAUAGAGUUUGGACAAGCCCUUCAAAAACUCGGAGGACAUGAUAUAGGGCUGCACCAAUAUAUCUCUGGUCUUUGGAUUGAUGACAUUCUUCUAGGUCUGCUUUGGGAGCAAGGGUCUUCGGGUCCACGCCGCCGCCUGAAAGGAAUUCCGACUUGGUCAUGGGCGUCAAUGAUGGAAACAGCAGUUUUAGGAAUGCGAGUAUGUUGGAGAUUGGGUUCGUAUUGGAAAGAUGGGUGGGAGGUACCUGCAAGUGGUUAUUACCGUUCAAGAUUCUCGUACCACUCGACGAGUGGGGACUCCGCUAUGCGCGAUACGGUUCACCUACCUCCUUAUGCACCACCAGAGCCCGUCUGCAAGCUUGAAAAUGUUUGCACGAUUGAGUUGAAAUUUGACAAGAUUGCGAAGGUUUGGAACGAGCACCUUGACCAACAAUUCUUCUCAGCAGCUUCUUACGACUUAAGUAUGUACAGUAACGAAAAGAGGUUUGUUGCGCUUGAACUGCUCGGGAAACUUUUACCUGUUUCCAUCCAUGGAAUCAUCAGUACGACGGAUAUCGAUGACUUUAAGCUGCUGGAUAGAACGGGUGCUAGAAGAGGCCCCAAGGUAAGUCAAGACAUCUUCGGACCAGAUCCAGAUGUCGAAAGGGGUCCCGGAUCCGAUACCGACGAUCAAAUCUGGAGUAUCCGACGCGAGGUCUCUUCGGAAAGAGAUACACUCCUUAGAGGCUGGGCAUCUUUGGAACACGAAAAAUAUCAAAGUAAUGACACUGUUCGCGGAGGAGUUUAUGCUUUGCCUAUAUACCGAUUGUUAAGGACUCAAGAGUCUAAUGAUAGGCUUACGACCGGACCUAUGGGGAUGAAAGUUGAGAGUGUUCUUAAGCACUCUUUGAACACGGCUUUUGUCGUGCUUUUCCUCAGAAGACGACAAGAUAGUGAACCGAGCAGCCGGAGCCAGUAUUUCGAGCGAAUAGGAAUCGGUAGGCUUUUUGGGCAAGAUUUCGAGGAAGAAUUUGUCUCCAAUAACGAAACAAAGAUCUGGUUAGUAUGA